AUGAGCGGCUACGCAUACGGCCAGCCCUACACCACUGGCUAUACGUACGCCCAGCAUCAGCCCGGGCCGCCGCCAGCCCCACCGCUCCCGCCGCGGCCACCACAGCUCGGGGAGGAUCCCGCCGCCGCGCUCACACAGCAGUUUGGCAGCCUGGGGAUAUCGCCCACAGCACAACCGGCGCCGCACCCGCAGUACCAGCAGCAGGUGCAUCCCCCGGCAGGGACCUGGCAGCAGCAUCCGGCGCCGCCGCCGCAGCAGCAGCACUCCCGGCCCGCGUACCAGCAACAACAAGCUUACCCGGCCCAGCAGUACGCCCAGCAACCAUACGUCGCGCCUCCUCAGGUCUACCAUCCUUCACCAGUCCCAGCGCCGUCGCCGCAGCCGCCAUUUCAGCCUGCGCAUAGCGCGUACCCACAGUACGUGCAGACGCCUGCUGUGGUGCACCCUCCCCCGUCCCCGCAGCCAGCGGCACAGCCUCCACCUCCACCAGCGCAGCCGGCGUACCAGUACCAUCAAGCGCAACCUGCCCCGGCGGUCUACCAACCUCCCCCAUCGCCGUCGCCGCAGUACCUCUCCCCGCGGCCGCAGUACCUCCCAGGUGCCGUCCCACCAGCAACGCAGUUCCUCGCACCAGCGAGCCCUCACCCGCCCCCGGCCGCGGCCACCGCGCCUGCCGCCCCAUAUCAACCCCCACCAGCACAACAGUUCCUUGCGCCGACCACACCAGCACUCACCUCACCACCUCCUCCAAGUGGAUACGCCGCAACACAGUUUGGACCCCCCGCACCCCAGUACCAUGCGCCGUCGCCUCAGCAUCUCCUCGCGUCCUCUCCAGCUGCCUCGCCCCUCCUGACGGCGACGACGCCGGCUCCCGUCCAAUACCAGGCGCCAUCAACUCCCUACCACGCCCCGCCAACCCCAACACCUGCAGUCCAGUACCAGGCUCCUCCGGCACAACAUCAUGGGCAGGCUCAAUCACCGCCAAAUCAGCAGUAUGCUUCGCCUCCGACUCAGCAGUACGCGUCGCCACCUAGUCAGCCCUACUCCUCGCCCCCAAGCCAGCAUUACUUCUCGGUGCCGAGCCAGCCCUAUGCGUCACCGCCGAUUCAGCAGUACGGCUCUUCGCCUUCUACACGACAGCCAAGUCCUCAACCUGUACCACAGCCCCCGGCCUCGUCCGACCCGUACGCGGCCAUGGCAGCGGCCUUUCCACCCGGUUGGACCUUCACGGCAAGCCCGCCGGCCCAGUCAUCGACUGGCGCUGCAACCCUUCCGUCGUUGCAGCAGGCGGCAGCAUCUCCCGCGUCCCACACCAACCUCCCGAAUCUCGAAGACGACCCCCUUCCCCCGCAGCCCGUCAUCCAGGCCGAGGGUCCCCCACCGCACAUCCUCCCCAUGUGCCCCACCAACCGCGAGCUGCUGUUCGACAUGACGUUCUACCACCUCCCGGCACACGCCGACUUCCUCAUGUGCACCUUCUGCCAUGCCAAGCACGUUGCCAACACUCCUCUGGCUCCUGCCUUCGCCAGCACGAUCAAGUUUAGGGGUACUUGCCGGUUCGGCUCAUCUCUACGUCUCACAAAGGUCCUCCUGCCGCAACGAGACAUCUCCGCCAUCACCGACUUCGUUGCCCUUCGCGCCGGCCUGCCGGUAUGCCCGGGAAGCAACGGCCAGCAGGCUGCAGGGACAGAGUAUUGGACCAGCUCUGAAUUCAAAGACUUGUUCAGCGUGUGCAACGGGUGUUAUCACGACUGGCUCGGCGCAACGCCGUGGCAGAACAAGUUUACCAAACAGUCUGGAGGCCAGUGGUACUGCGACGCGGCAAUGGGUGUACAGCAGCGCGGGCUGAAUAGGCACGGCUCGCGCGGCGACUGGGCCGGGUUUCUCGCGUACACCAACAAGUAUCCCAUCCUCGCGUGCGAGGGCAAGCCUGUCCCCGCUUCGUCCACAAGGUGGUAA